AUGAUGUUCCGGUUGUCGCCAUUAAAUCUCGGCCGAUGCAAUCGCACGCAGGUCAAUUCGACCAGCAAGAUGCGUCCACGAUAUAAUACAGCAGCUAUCGCAUUGCUUGUAGCAUCUCUAUGUUACGUAAAUGCGGAGCGGAGCCUUCUCCAAUCGUAUCUCGAGUCGUUUCCACCAUACGGCUGCAACCGCGACCCGCAGCAGUCCCGCUUCCGCCUCGACCCAGUCUACACCGUCAGCGGCAACCGGGUGUGCAUGACUGCCCGCGUCGUGGACUGCGCCAAGCCGGGCUCGGACUGCUGUGACCCCAAGAUUGAUUUUUACAAGAUCGAGCUGGACGUGAACAAGCAGUGCAAAGGCGCCGUGACGGGGGUCACGGUCAACGGAAAACCGGCUCUGGCACCCACGUUCGACCCCUACGCCACCAACGAUACCAAGGCAGUGAUCAAGCUUACGGGCCCGAAUCUUGACCUGACGACUGCGGACGGCGCUGUGGUGUGCAUGACGCUGGGCGGCUCGUGUCCCUCCAUGGAGACACUCUGUGCGGAGGGCAACGGCUUCUGCAAGUAUGCCGUCGUGCAAAGUGGAACGUGCGACUGCUGCCCCCCCCUCGCCACCCAGCCCUCUGCCACCGAGCCGUCCGCCUCCAUUUGCUCCGCCAUUCACACCAAGCGUGCUAAGCGUUUGGUCUGCGACUCUGCGUAUGCGACUGUUUUUAUUCCAUUCACCCGUGCUUCUCUCCAUUGCCCACGCAGUUGCAAUCGCACCCUGCCUGGCCUGGUACCUUUCAACUUCGACAAGACACCGUCGCUCAGCCUGAAUGGCGCCAACCGCCGGUACUGCCUGACACUCCGUACAGUGCCGUGCGCGGACCCUAGCAGCCCCUGUUGCGGCCAGGCGCUCUCCAAAGUGGAGUGGUGGUCCAGGGAGAGCUGUCGCGGGUCCGUACGGGCCGUGUACCUGGACGGGAUCAAGAUCGACUCGCAGUGGGGCGUCAAUGGGACGUUCAAGAUCCCCCAGCUGAACAUGGCCCCCAGCUCGGUUCCCCUCCAGGGCCGGCAGGGAGGCCUGGGUGCCUGCACGUAUUCCAUGUUUUCGGAGGACAAGGAUUGCUGCCCGAUCGGCACAUUCGUAACGCUUGGCAGGCGCAGAUAG